GGAGCAAUAAACGAAUCUCAGUAGUCUUUCCGGCGUACAUCCCAAAUACUUGGGAUUACAAAAUUAUCCAAAUUUGUCACACUUUUGAGCCAUGAUCAAUAUUCUUAGGACACUGACAGGCAGAGGUCUUCACCUCACCAGGAGACUUCAUCGACGAACUCAAAUCUGCCAGAAACCCGGAGUCUUUGUCCAUCCGGAGCUGCGUCGCACCAUUCCCCUCGUCUACUUCAGAAAAGGGGAACUGCCACCUAAGGCGAAUAAAGAAGUCCCUCCCAAACGGCAGUGCGAAGUAUCUCAUUUGGAGAUGAAUCGAAAGAGCACGGAGGCCUUCGAUCAGUUUUGUAAAAGACAACGCCAAUGCUUUUCCAGCACCUACCAGUGGGCAGAGUUCCGGCGAAAGAUGAUCUACGGCAGUUACUAGAGUGAAGCCAACCAAAAAGGACCAAAUCCAGUGAAAGACUCCUCCUUACACAUUAGCCCCUGCAUUGUGGCUUAAAAAGUGUUUUGUUUUGAUCUAAUUCAAAGGCUUUAUAAGCCACAAUGCACUGCAGUCUGAAAUGCAUAGUUACAUAGUUACAAGCAAUAAAACAGGUUAAAAUUGGAAACUGCA